AAUUAAUCAAAUUCAGUUACUGGUUAUAGUGAAUUGAGAUAAUGUCUGUUCAAUUAAAUGAGGUGCAAAAAGGUUUAAUAGAUAAAAUAGCAAAAGAAAAUGGUUUCAAUGACUACGAAUUGACAACCAAUAAAGGUACAGAAAAGGGUGAUAAUUUUUUAGGUAUUUUAACUACGGUUACUAUAAAAAAUGGUAAGGACAAAUUAGAAUUGAUAUUAAAAUCAGCGCAUCAAAAUGAAGUUUUCCGAAAAGCUGCAGCUUUACGAGCAGCUUAUUUAAGAGAAAUUUAUUUGUAUGAAAAUAUUUUAACCGAGUUCAAAAAGUAUCAGGAAAUCCAUAAUGUCGUUGAUGUUUUUGACAAUUAUGCCAAAAUAUACGGAUCUUCAACUGUUGAAGAAAGUGAAUGUUUGAUAAUGGAGAAUUUGAAAACACAAGGAUAUCAACUGUGGAAUAAACAACAACCCAUGAACUCGGAGCAUAUAUCGGCAGUUCUAAAAGGUUAUGCAAAAUUCCAUGGUACUUGUAUGGCGAUGAAACACAAGAAUCCAGAAUUAUACGUAAAGAUAACCAAAGACAUAUCAAGUAGUAUAUGGGAAAAUGAAGAAUUUGUAACUAACAAAGAUUUGUUUGAACCGUUCUUUAGAGGAGUAAUGGAUAGCGGUUAUAAAAGUAUUAAGGAUGAUCCUGAUUUAACAGAAUUUCUUAAAACUAUUGAGCCGAAGAUUUUAGAUAUGUUUUCUAAUGGACUAAAAGAUCCUGAAUAUAAAAUAUCUCUUAUCCAUGGUGACAGUUGGUGUAAUAAUCUUCUAUUCAAAUAUGAGGGUAGUGAUAACAAUAUACCUUCAGAUAUUAAGUUUAUUGACUGGCAAAUAUCACAUGUUAAUUCUCCAGCUUACGAUUACUGCUACUUUUUCCUAGCACAUAGUCCAAAAGAAAUAUUAGACGACUACAAAACCUACUUGAAAUUAUAUUAUGAUACUUUUUCAAACCAGCUUAGAAGUUUUAACUGUGAUCCUGAGGAGAUUUUUCCAUAUUCCAGGUUUGAAAACCAUAUAAACCAAUUUAUGUUAUUUGGAUUGUACAUGUGCUUUUCGAUUUUGAAGAUAAUGUUAUGCGAUUCUGAAGAAGCACCCGAUUUUGGUGAAAUGACAGAAGAUGAAGACAUGGUCGAAACAAUGAAUUUUGAAUUUAAAAACUACGACAUAUUUAAAGAAAGGAUUCGAAAUUUAAUUGUAUUUGUAAAAGAUAGUUUUACUGCAAAAUAAAGUAUUUAUAAUCAGGGGCGUCCAUACAAUAAUUUUAGCUGCUACUGAAAAUAUGAACCAUAUAUUUUUAUUUAAUAAUGUGUUUAAAUUAAUUAAAACAUCCGAACAAAAACUAUUUUCAAAAAAAAUGUGUUCUCUUAAAUAAACAAAUAG